AUGGCUUUCGCCGGGAUGGCCUCUAUCCCCAACUACGAUAGCACAGCUCAGACUUCUGGCGUGCCCAUCACCUCGGGGCGCCAAAACCACCACGAAGAGGAGGAAAUUGCCGCCGCGAACCAGAAUACCGUUGAUACCGCCGCCACCUCCGUAACUGAGGUCGGUGGCAGUGAUGCCGGUACCAAGAAGCGCUCCAGCCCUCCCGAAAGCGCAGACGAUGACGAUUCCGAGAUGGAGCGCCGCCAGUCACUGGUCCAGUCUCUCGCCCGCCACUACUCCCAUGCCUCAGGAACUGCUGCUGCGCCCGGAGGCAACCCUUUCUUCGCCGACGAGAACUCCCCCUUGAACCCUCACUCCAAGAACUUCCAGGGUCGUGCUUGGGCUCGCGCCGUUGUCGAUCUUGUUCAACAACAGGGCGCCUCCUUCCGCACCUCCGGUGUUGCUUUCCAGAACCUCAAUGUUUACGGAUAUGGUCAGGCCACCGACUACCAGAAGGAUGUCGGUAACGUUUGGCUGAGUGCUGCCGGCCUUGUUCGCCGCUUCACUGGCGAUGCAAAGACCAGAAUCGAUAUCUUGAGCAACUUUGACGGUCUUGUCCGCAAGGGCGAGAUGUUGGUUGUUCUGGGACCCCCCGGUUCCGGUUGCUCGACCUUCUUGAAGACUAUUGCCGGUGAGACCAACGGUCUGUACACCGAUGACAAGUCCUACUUCAACUACCAAGGAAUGACCGCUAAGGAAAUGCACACGAACCAUCGUGGCGAGGCCAUUUACACCGCAGAGGUGGAUGUUCACUUUCCUCAGCUGUCCGUCGGCGAUACUUUGACCUUCGCCGCCCGUGCCCGUCAACCCCGCAACUUGCCCGAGGGCAUCGACAAGGCUACUUUUGCUAAUCAUCUGAGGGAUGUUGUCAUGGCCAUGUUUGGUAUCUCUCACACCAUUAACACUCGCGUUGGUAACGAGUACAUCCGUGGUGUGUCGGGUGGUGAGCGUAAGCGUGUCACCAUUGCCGAGGCCGCUCUUUCUGGUGCUCCCCUUCAAUGCUGGGAUAACAGUACCCGUGGUCUGGAUUCUGCCAACGCCAUCGAAUUUUGCAAAACUCUGCGCCUGCAGACCGAGCUUUUCGACAGCACCGCCUGCGUGUCCAUUUACCAGGCCCCCCAGAGUGCAUAUGACUUGUUCGACAAGGUUGUUGUGCUGUAUGAGGGACGCCAAAUCUUCUUCGGCAAGGCCAAUGAGGCAAGACAGUACUUCAUCGACCUUGGCUAUGACUGCCCUCCUCGUGCCACCACUCCUGACUUCUUGACGUCCAUGACCUCCCCCCAGGAGCGUCAUGUUCGUCCCGGCUGGGAGAACCGUGCCCCUCGCACUCCCGACGAGUUCGCCGCCUGCUGGAAGAACAGCGAAAACUACAAGGCCCUUCAGGCCGAGAUUGAGGAGUACAAGCAAUCUCACCCCCUCAAUGGUCCUGAUGCCGAGGCUUUCCGUGCCUCCAAGAAGGCCCAGCAGGCCAAGGGUCAGCGCGCCAAGUCUCCCUUCACUCUGUCUUACGUCCAGCAAAUUGAGCUCUGCUUGUGGCGCGGAUGGAAGCGCUUGGUCGGUGACCCCAGUAUCACCGUCGGAUCUCUUAUUGGAAACAUCGUCAUGGCCCUCAUCAUUGGAAGUGUGUUCUAUAACCUGCAACCCAACACCCAGAGCUUCUUCCAGCGUGGUGCCCUUCUCUUCUUUGCCCUGCUCAUGAACGCUUUCUCUAGUGCCCUUGAAAUUCUCACCCUGUACGCUCAACGUCCUAUCGUCGAGAAGCAUGCCCGUUACGCUCUAUACCAUCCCUCCGCCGAGGCUAUUGCAUCCAUGUUAUGCGAUUUGCCGUACAAAAUUUCGAAUACGCUGGUUUUCAACUUGGUGCUCUACUUCAUAACGAACCUGCGACGCGAGCCUGGGGCCUUCUUCUUCUUCCUGCUGAUCUCAUUCUUCACGGUACUCACCAUGUCCAUGAUCUUCCGUACCAUCGCCUCGUCGUCCCGUACGCUCUCGCAGGCCAUGGUUCCGGCUGCCAUCCUUAUCCUGGACCUUGUUAUUUUCACCGGUUUCGUUAUCCCCAUCGACUACAUGUUGGGCUGGUGCCGCUGGCUAAACUAUUUGGAUCCUCUGGCUUAUUCUUUCGAGUCGCUCAUUGUCAAUGAGUUCCACGGCCGCAACUUCGAAUGCUCGCGCAACCAAUACGUCCCCAACCCCGACGUUCCUGGAUACGACAAUCUCCCGUCGGCUCAGCGUGUUUGCAGUGCUAUUGGUUCCGUUGCUGGCCUUGACUACGUCAACGGCGAUGACUAUGUCGGCUCCGGUUUCCGCUACGAUUGGAACAACCGCUGGCGCAACUUUGGUAUCCUGAUUGCUUUCAUGAUGUUCUUCUUGUUCACAUACAUGGUUACUGCCGAGUUGGUCUCCGAGAAGAAGUCCAAGGGUGAGGUUCUCGUCUUCCGCCGUGGACACAAGCCUGCGGCGCUCAAGGAGAAGCAUUCUGAUGACCCCGAGGACAUUCGUGUUGGACCUGUCACCACCGCCGACCGCAACCGUGUUAGUGAGAAGGGUGGCGGCGGCAACAUCGAGGAGCAAAAGUCGACUUUCCACUGGAACGACGUCUGCUACGAGGUUCAAAUCAAGAAGGAAACAAGGCGCAUUUUGGAUCAUGUCGACGGCUGGGUCAAGCCUGGUACCCUCACUGCUCUCAUGGGUGUUUCUGGUGCCGGUAAGACCACACUUCUGGAUUGUUUGGCUGAUCGUACCUCUAUGGGUGUCAUCACCGGAGAAAUGCUUGUCGACGGUUACCACCGUGAUGCCUCCUUCCAGCGCAAGACCGGUUACGUUCAACAACAGGAUCUGCACUUGCAAACCACAACCGUCCGCGAAGCCCUCAACUUUAGUGCCCUCCUUCGUCAACCUGCUCAUGUCCCUAAGCAGGAGAAGCUCGACUACGUUGAGGAGGUUAUUAAGCUACUGGAUAUGGAGGAAUACGCUGAUGCUGUCGUCGGUGUUCCUGGCGAGGGUCUUAACGUCGAACAGCGUAAGCGUCUUACUAUCGGUGUUGAACUUGUCGCCAAACCCCCUCUGUUGCUCUUCGUUGACGAGCCUACCUCCGGUCUCGACUCGCAAACAUCUUGGGCUAUUCUCGAUCUUUUGGAGAAGCUUACCAAGAGCGGCCAAGCUAUUCUUUGCACGAUUCACCAGCCUUCUGCUAUGCUCUUCCAGCGUUUUGAUCGUCUCCUCUUCCUUGCCAAGGGUGGUAAGACUGUCUACUUCGGUGAUAUCGGCGAGAACUCCAAGGUUAUGACUUCUUACUUUGAGCGUAAUGGAGGCUUUCCCUGCCCCGCUGAUGCCAACCCGGCCGAGUGGAUGUUGGAGGUCAUUGGUGCAGCCCCCGGUUCCCACACUGAUGUCGACUGGCACCAGGCCUGGCGCAACAGCGCCGAGUACGGCGAGGUCAAGAAGGAAUUGCAGCGUCUCAAGGACGAGCGCGGCCCUGAGAUGCAUGCUACCCAGGACAAGGCCAGCUACCGUGAAUUCGCCGCCCCUUUCUUCGGUCAGCUCAAGGAGGUUACCCAUCGUGUCUUCCAACAGUACUGGAGAACCCCCUCGUACAUCUACGCCAAGGCUGCCCUCUGCACUCUGGUUGCUGCUUUUAUUGGCUUCGUUUUCUUCAAGGCCCCCAACACCCAGCAGGGUCUCCAGAACCAGAUGUUCGCCAUCUUCAACCUGCUUACCGUCUUUGGCCAGCUUGUCCAGCAGACUAUGCCUCAUUUCGUCAUUCAGCGAUCCCUGUAUGAGGUGCGCGAGCGCCCGUCUAAGGUGUACGGUUGGAAGGUCUUCAUGCUCAGUCAGAUCAUUGUCGAGUUGCCCUGGAAUACAUUGAUGGCUGCCAUCAUGUACUUCUGCUGGUACUACCCUGUUGGCCUCUACAACAACGCAGUCGCUGCUGACCAGGUCGCGGAGCGUGGCGCGCUCAUGUUCCUAUACUUGCUUGUUUUCCUGCUGUUCACAUCGACCUUUACUGAUUUCAUCAUCGCCGGAUUCGAGACCGCAGAGGCCGGAGGUAACAUUGCCAACUUGCUGUUCAUGCUCUGCCUUAUCUUCUGUGGUGUCCUCGCCAACCCCGACUCCAUCCCGCGUUUCUGGAUCUUCAUGUACCGCGUAUCACCCUUCACAUAUAUCGUGUCGGGUAUGUUGUCGACUGCAGUCGCCAACACUAAUGUUAUUUGCGCUGCCAACGAAUAUCUCCACUUCGAUCCCCCCUCGCAACAGACAUGCGAACAGUUCAUGGGCCAGUACAUCCAGAUUGCCGGUGGUUACCUCAGGGAGCCCAACGCCACUACUAACUGCGAGUUCUGCGUCAUGGAUGAUACCAACCGCUUCCUUGCCAACGUCAAGAGCGACUACGCCGACCGGUGGAGGAACUUUGGCAUUGCCUGGGUCUACAUCAUCUUCAACAUCUUUGCUGCGCUCGGCCUCUACUGGCUGGCAAGAGUGCCCAAGAAGGGUGGCCUCUUUGGCAAGAAGAAGACCGAGUAA